AUGGCUCUCAGGAUGAUGUUAGAAAGCUUCGUGGACACGCAGAAGUACAGUGUGAUGAAGUCGAUGCGUGACACGUUCAGGAAGUACUUGACCUUCAAGAAGGACAGCACGGAGCUGCUCUACUACAUCCUGCGGCAGAUCACCAAUGAGCACGUCGCUUUCAACCGGGGCAAGGGAGUGCGUGACGCAAUGGUCGAGAUACAUGAGAGUGAUUUCCUCGAGAGGGCGAAACAAAUCAACAUCCGCGACGUGAAGCCAUUUUACGAAAGCAAACUGUUCCAAUCUCACCACUACCAAUACGAUUCUAACAGGCGGAUGAUAACACAAGUAAUCAUGGACUGAAUCUGAAAUCUCACGAAAAGGUGAAUGUCCUAAAACAAUUCUAUAUUGUCA